UUCGCGCUUUGCGUGUUAGCUGUUGACAAAAAAACAUAAAAACACAUAUGUUUAAUAUAAAUAAACCUUUUACAUACAAAAGGUUUCACUCCUGCAGUUACACAGUGCAGUUUCAUAAUUGUGUGUUAAAUUAAUGAAACUCCUGACCAAAAUAAAUUAACCAACAGAGCAAUGGAAACGGAGGACAACGAAUCAAACUUGAGUACAUUAAAGGAGAUGAUUCUAGAUGAAGGAAAGUUAGUCACUUAUAUAACUUUGAGUAAGGACCUUUGCAUUCAUGUUAAUCGCAGCAAAUCGUUACUUAAAGAUUUUAUUGAAUCAAUUAAACAAGACAACCCAAAACAAGAGUUAAGUGUCAAUUAUCUGAUAUCAGGAUUAAUUGAUGAUAAUAAAGCUAAAGUUUCCGUUUGUCCAAAAGAUGAGUUAGUAAAAAUGCAGAAAACUUUCAAAAUAAUAUUCUUUCAGCAUAUAUACAGUGUUUGUAAAGGAACAUCACAUGUAGAUCCUUCUGCUUACGUUUCUCUCAAUAAAUAUGAUGAUUUUAAUUUAUGUUCUGGUGUAAUAAGAAAUAGCAAUUGUAUCAAACGGUCUUUUGAGGAAAUAAAUAACCUUAAAAGUAAAAGCCAAGAAGUCAUAGUUGACAAAAAACCUAUUUUAUCACAAAAGAAAAAUACUAAAGAGGCAGUACCCAAGGCUGAUAGUGCAAAUAACAUAGAAAAGAGUAUGAAAACUGAAUCUAACCAUAAGGAAAUUAAGAAGGAAGUUAUAUCCCCUCAAAAAGAAAACAUUAACAAACAAAUUGUAAGCAAGCCUUCAGCUCAGAAAGGAAUUGCAGGAUUCUUUAAUAAGCAAAAUGGUAUUAAUAAAAAGAAAGAAUCUAAACCACCUGUAAAAGUUGAACCAGCUAUCAUAAAAGAAGAAAAUAAUGUUGUUGAGAAAAUGGAAACAGAUGAUGUAGAAGUUGAAAUUCAAGUUAAGGCAGAGGUGAAGAAAGAAACAAAAGUGAAUGGAAAUAAUAAAGUCUUGAAUCAAAUUAAGAAAAAUUCUAAAGUUGAUAAAAAACGUAAACGAGUUCUGCGAGUGUCAGACAGUGAAAGUGAAGAUGAGAAUGAUCCAUUUGUAGAGGAAGAUAAAACAAUUAAUGAAAAAAUUCAUGAUUCAGAUGAUGAAAUCCCUCCAACACCGGCCGUAAAUACUUUAAAGAUUACAACUGGAAUUGUAAACCCUCGGAAAAAAAGAAAGGUUGUUGAUAAAACCUAUAUGAGUGAUGAUGGUUAUAUAGUAACCAAACGUGAAGAAGUGUAUGAAAGUUGUUCAGACAGUGAAAAUAAAGAAGAGAAAGAACCAGUGAACAAUUCUUUAAAAGAGGAAAAAAUUCCAUCUGUAAAGGAAAAAAUAGAAAUUUCACCUAAAGCUAAAGCUAGUGAAACAAAAGCUUCUAAGAAAAAAAUAUCACCCCCUCAGAAAGGAAAACAAGCCACAUUAAUGAAUUUCUUUAAAAAGAAAUAAGACACAAUAUUUUCACAUAUUUCAGGGUUAUAAAUUUGAACAAAAUAAAAUUAUGUUGAUACAUUCUUAGAAAUCAAGUUAAGUAAGUUGUGUAUACUGUUCAAGGUUACUUUGAUUUCUUAAAUUACUUGUCUCUAAUCAUGAAAUGUAUAUUCAGAAUUUAAUUAUAAAACUCAUCAAAAUAUUUUAUUCUCAUUGACAGGAAGAGAAAUAAAUACAAUAAUUAAGAA